AUGCAUCCUGCAUCCUUUCUUGCAUGCCUAGUCGGCCUUGCAGUCGCCGCCCCGCUGGGAAAAAGCAUGUCCAACCCAGUGAAGCGCGAGAUAAUGCAGCCCGUGGUGCAGGACUACGCGAGCUACGGCGAAUACUACACAAAAUACGGCGACUACCCUGCCGAGGCUGAAGCCACAAAGAUGGAAGCUGCAAUAAUGGAAGAGGCGAACAUGACCAAGCGCCACAUGGGCAUGAGUAUGUCAGAAGACAUGGCCAUGGAUGCGGACAUGAUGGAGAAGCAGGAUAUGGCUGUUUCUAUGGCAGAAGCAGCGACUGAGCAUGCCGCCAAUAAGGUGACAUACCAGAAGUAUGAUCCAUAUAGUGCGUAUGGAAAAUAUCCCGGCGGAGGCAUGGCAUAA